GCAUGUUAAUCAAUAACUUGCAAAUUAAUCAGUAUCUUGUGUUGUCAAGACUCAUCAAGACUGUCAUUAGAUCUCUAGUGUCAUUCAUUGUGAUUGUCAAUAAUGUCAAGACUGUUGAGUGUGUUGAGUCAGUGUAUCAGACAGUAGUAGUCAUAGUCUGAAUACCACAGAGUAGUAUCACUAUAUCUAGUGACUAGUCUAGUUGGUUAAUUAAGUAUAUCCAAGAGGAUUUAAGAACUAAGUAGUGGUCUGUAAAUUAAAAAAAAAAAAGUAAAUCUGUUCUAGACUCUCUAGUAUUAUUACUAUUAUUAUUUCUAGAUCUAGAAUCUAGACUGUAGAAUUAUUAGUUAUAUUAGGAUUGGAUGAAAAUGAAAGUAUCAUGAGUAUUAUUCUGUUAAUUUUAAGAUUUAAAAUCUGUGGACACUAACUGGGUCUGGGAAGAGGUUAUAAAAGUUUACCUAUCACUGAUCUCCCAUUUCUCCCUAAUAGAGCAAUGUCAUCAAAAUAUGUCAUUUAUUAUAUAGUUGGCUGUUUAUAGCCCUGAUUGGUUCUCAGAAGAAGUUUGUAAUUAUAUACCUGGCAACAGGUUUGAUUUUGGUACUGCCAAAAACUCACAUGAUUUAGAGGUCUCUGUUCACUACCUGUGGAGGAGAUUAAGGGAGGUCAACAACUCCACACAUGAAAAUUGUAUACCAUAAGUAUGUAUUUCUGUAAAAAAAGAUUUAGUAUGUAGGUCUAUGCAUGAUCCUCAUUCGUUUGUAUUUUUGUUUAAAACUCCAUUGUAUUCUGUCAAUUCUUGUGAGUUAUGGUUGUACAACCCAAAUUCUUUAAUGCCACAUGAAAUGUCGUGAUGUCAGACCUGUGAUGUGGCAACAAGCUAUUGGUCUAAACUGCCCAUAGGUUGUGAUGUCGCAGUAUAUUGCAGCUUUACAAAACUUUUUAGUGGAUUUGAAGAAAACUCAAAGCAAACCUCCUCAGGAAACAAUUCUAGAAUAUCAGAAAAAAGUUGACCUUCUGAAGGGUUUAUCAGAAGCAGAAAAACAGCCCUGUGCUGCUGAACGCUCCUUAAUAACUGAAAGGCUGCGGCCAGUUGGAACAAGUGUUACGAGUGCACCAUCGCGUCAACUUCAAGCCAAAGCUAAGGCUACCUGUGAGAAAGACCUGAGGUCUGAGCUUUUGGGACCAUCUUUCAAGACACAAACUGCUCCUGAUGAUGGCUUUCACAUAGAUGAUGACAGUGGAUUGAGGAUGCGAAAGAAACCUCAGGAAGAAGAUGAUAUCAAUGUAAUUCUACAACAUCACCAUAAAGUCCAGGAGCGCUUAGCAGAGGAAAUGCUGAUGCACACACGUGCACUGCGUCAAAAUGUUACAGAUGCUGGGAGAGUUGUGAGAGAGGAUACCAAGAUAAUUACAGACAGCACCGUACUGGCUGAUAACAACAUGAGCAAAUUAAAACUAGAAAGUGAACGCCUAGAGGCCCAUACCAAGACAUGCUCCUGGUGGAUUUGGCUCAUGCUUCUCAUUGUUGUGAUAACUUUCAUAUCUAUGGUUCUCUUCAUGAGAAUUUUUUCUAAAUAAACAUGUGUGUACAUAGUUCAGAUAGAA